AUGAUCCAAACUCAUAAUGAAUAAUGUGAUCACUUCUAAAAAGAUGAACUUAAUGCAUUAUCUGCUAUCUAUUUAUCAGACUAUGAGUAAUUAAAAGAUGUGCAUCCUUAUUCAUUUUAAAUAAUUGUUGCCCCAUUUGUACCAGCAGAUUAAUUUUAUCAUGAUAAUGUAGUUUAUUGCAAAAUAUUCAUUGCCUUUCCUGAUGAUUAUCCAUUAAAAUCAUAAAGAUUUCAUUUUGAAAUUUAAGGGUUGAGUAGAAAUUUCACUUAGGAUAAUUUAAUAAGGGCAAGAAAGGUUUGUGAAUAAGUAAUUGAACAACAUGAAAAAGAAGCAGAUUGUUAACCAAUAGUCUUUGCAGUUGUUGAAUCAUUAAGAGUAAUAAUAUCAAUUACAUUUUAGGAUUAUGUUUAUGAUCAAUCAAUGUAUUUAUAAGAAUUAUAUGAUCAAUAAAACUCAAAGACUGAUGAUAACUAUAUAUAUAUACCACCCAUGCCUAAAUUUGCAACAAACACUCCUGUUACACUUGAAAGUUUUACUAUUUGGAAGAAGAAGUUUGAUUAAGAGAUUUAUGAAAUUAAAAAGAGAGAAAAGAAUUUUACAUAAUUAGAAGAAAUGAUGAAAAAGAUUAGUGGAAAGUAAUAUUUUGAUAGAAAACAAAACAAAGAAGAUGAUAAUGAAGUCUUAGAAAUUAUUAAUGAGGAUGAUGAUAUUGUUGAAUUAGAAGAUGAAGAUUAUUAAGGAGAAGAAGAUGAUGAAGAAGAUCAAGAUAGACCUGUAAUUAUAUAUUAUUUAUUUUUUAGUUGUAUGAAAGAGAAUAACUUGAAUGAU